CGGCACCGGGAAAGAUGGAGGCGGCAGAAACUGAGGUGGAAACUGCAGUCCUAGAGGUCCUGACUGAGGUAGCAGGCAUCCUGGAACCAGUAGGCCUCCAGGAGGAGGCGGAACUGUCAACCAAGAUCCUGGUUGAGUUUGUGGUGGUAUGUACAAGAUGGGAGCCAGCCUUUCAGAAGCCAGGGUCUGGUCCUGGCUCCUCUUAUUGAGAUACAGGACAGCAUUGGUAGAGAGCAGCCUUUAAGGAAACCUAUAAAGAGGUAAGGAUGUUCCCUGUCUCUGCCCUCCCUCUGAGCAGGACUCCCAGAAGAAAGACAAGCUGCUCUGCAGCCAGCUUCAGGUGGUGGACUUCCUGCAGAACUUUCUGGCUCAGGAGGACACUGCCCACGGUCUGGAUCCCUUGGCUUCUGAAGACACGAGCCGUGAGUAGGCAAAGGAUAGGAGUAGCAGCUGGCCUGAGUGGGGAAGAUAGGAGGGUUUCAGUUAGGUCUCCCAUUUGGCUGAUGGGAAGAAGGAGGCCCAGUGUUGCAAGGGGGCAGUCUAGCAGGCCACCCUCACUCAUGUUCUUAUUCCUGGUGGCUCAUUCAGGACAGAAGGCAAUUGCAGCCAAAGAACAAUGGAAAGAGCUGAAGGCCACCUAUAGAGAGAACGUGGAGGCCAUCAAAAUUGCACUCACCAAGUCCCUGACUCAGAUGGAGGAAGCCCAGAAGAAACGGACACAACUCCAAGAAGCAUUUGAGCAGCUCCAGGCCAAGAAACAAAUGGCCAUGGAGAAACGUAGAGCAGCCCAGAAGCAGUGGCAGCUACAACAGGAGAAGCGUCUGCAGCAUCUGGCAGAGGUUUCUGCACAGGUGAGGGAGCGUAAGAUAGGAACUCAGAAGGAGCUUGAGGGGGUGUUUCAGAAACUUGGAAACUUGAAGCAGCAAGCAAGACAGGAGCGGGACAAGCUACAGAGGCACCAGACCUUCCUCCAGCUUCUGUAUACCCUGCAGGGUAAGCUGCUGUUCCCUGAAGCUGCCGCUGAGGCAGAGAAUAUUCUAGAUGAUAAACCCCAGCAGCUGGCUCGACCCGAGGAGCACAGUAUAGGAGACAUCAUGGAGAGAGACCCUGGUGUGUCCUCCAAGGCUGAUGGUCUACAACCUGCUCUAGAUUCAAAUUUGCCAUGGCUCCCUGGAGGACAACAGCAUGGAGAAAGAUCCUAGAACAGUCCUCAGUCCUCUGACCCUCCCCCAACACACACACACAAUCAUCAUUGCAAGAAAGACUGUGAACUCCUGAGUUCAGCCUGAUUUCUGACUACAACCCAGGUGGGACAAGCUCUGGCAUCUGUGGAUUAAAAGCCCUGGAUCUCUCUCAGUUGCAUAUUUGUUUCUUCAUCUUCAUAUGCUGGCAGGCAGAACUGUUAAUACAGAUACUAAGAAGCCAAUAACAUGGCAGGAGCUGGGACUGGUUUGAACAAAUGGUGUGCAGAUGGGGAGGGGGUACUGACCUUGUGCCUCAGGAGUUGCUUCCUUCUAUGAUGCAGACAUGCUGAAUUUAAUUCAAGGAGGAGGAGAUUAUUUUAGGCAGGUGGUUAUAUGCAGGGAAGAUAAUUUAUUCACUAAUCCAAAUUGUAUUCAUGGAUCCAAAUGUUUGUUGAGUCCUUUGUGCUAAGGUUCUUGCUGUGAACCAGAGCUAUAACAGUGAGCUCAUCUGACCCUUUUAAGAUAUAUAGCCUAGUGUUAACAUUCUUGGUAUCUUUUUGUGCCUUAUCUAAAACAUUUCUUGAUCACUGUUUUCAGAUGUUCAUUUAUUAGUUUUUUCAAAGAAUCAGAGAUUGGCUUUUGUCACCCACUGUUGUAUGUUUUGUUUCAUUGACCUCUAGUAAUACCUUGAUCAUUUCCUACCUUCUGUUUUCAGAUGGUUUUCUGUAAACUCUUAUUUUUAUCAGAUGAUCAGCUCAUGUAUUUGGAUCAUUAUUUGGUUUCUGAAAUAAAUAUCUAAGGCUAUACAUUU